AUGGGUAAACCUCGUGGUCUUCGUACAGCGCGUAAACUCAAAGAUCAUCGCCGUGAACAACGAUGGCAUGAUAAAGACUACAAGAAAUCUCACUUGGGUACACGAUGGAAAAGCAAUCCAUUCGCUGGUGCUUCACAUGCCAAAGGCAUUGUUCUCGAAAAAGUCGGUGUCGAAGCCAAACAGCCCAACUCCGCUAUUCGUAAGUGUGUUCGAGUUCAAUUGAUCAAAAACGGCAAGAAGAUCACCGCUUUCGUCCCACGUGAUGGUUGUCUCAAUUAUAUCGAAGAAAACGAUGAAGUUCUAAUUGCUGGUUUUGGUCGUAAAGGUCACGCCGUCGGUGAUAUUCCGGGUGUCCGUUUCAAAGUUGUUAAAGAAAACGAUGAAGUUCUAAUUGCUGGUUUCGGUCGUAAAGGUCACGCCGUCGGUGAUAUUCCGGGUGUCCGUUUCAAAGUUGUUAAAGUUGCUAAUGUCUCAUUAUGGGCAUUGUACCGAGAAAAGAAAGAACGACCACGUUCAUAA